CAGAGAAGAGAGGCAGUGUGAGGGCAACGCCUCAUAGCACCGGGAAUCUCUCUCUAUCUCCAUCUCUCUCUCUUUCUCUCUCACCCUCCACCCCCCUUUCCUCUGUCUCUGAAGCGUAAAAACCGAAGGACUCUCAUCUUUCAUUCAGUCUUCUCUGUAUGUGGCCGAGGAGUGCACUCCCAUCUUCAAACCUUUACUUUCACCCGCAAAACAAGUCUCUCCUUCGUUUUCACCUGGUUUUGCUCUCUACCAGCCUAAGGAUGACUUGGUGACCGAAAACCAGGAUUUUUUUUAAAAUAAUAUAUAUUUUUGCUGAUUCCUCGGGAGGCGGCAUCUUUCACUGGAGUCAUCUUUGUUCUUGCGCUCACAGCUGCUGAGUGUACGGCGGUUGCUAGUGGGGAAAUAGGUUAGUGUGCUUGUUUCGGUGGCGGGCAGCAGAGGUGGUUGAGUGUUCAGCGCACAGAGGAGAUGAAGAGGAGGGGGAUGCCAUCCCGGCGGUAGCGUCCUGUAGCCCUGCGACUGUUUGGGGGAGAAGGUGACUGGAAUGCUUCCGCCGAACUCCAGCCUUUAGCGGAAGUGUCAAGCACACAUUUCGGGACAAAGGAAAAAGCAACUGAGGCAUCAAAUUCAGACAUUUCUUUUUCAUUUUUGUACUCACGGGCAGGGCUGACCUGUGUACCUGCUGCGCGCGGACACCAUGGACAUCAACCUUCAGUCGCACCGAUUUUACUUCCCUCAGAUCUACUGUGCUGAUCCGGGGGCGCAGCCUCAGCUCACUGAGUUCAAAGUCAGUGAGCAGAGCAUCUGCCAGGCGCGGGCCUCUGUCAUGGUCUACGAUGACACCAGUAAGAAAUGGGUGCCCAUCAAGCCAGGACAGCAGGGGUUCAGUCGCAUAAACAUCUACCACAACACUGCCAACAACACGUUUAGAGUGGUGGGCGUCAAACUGCAGGACCAGCAGGUGGUCAUCAACUACUCGAUAGUGAAGGGCCUCAAGUACAACCAAGCCACCCCAACGUUCCACCAGUGGAGGGACGCCAGGCAGGUCUAUGGCCUCAACUUCGCCAGCAAGGAGGAGGCCACCACCUUCUCCAACGCUAUGCUCUUCGCCCUCAACGUCCUCAGUGCUCAGGAUGGAGGUCCAGCUCUCCAGCGCCAAGUCCAGAACGGGCCGACUUCAGAUGAGAUAGAGGCUCAGAGAGCGAGGCAAAUGAUGGAGCAGCAGCAGCAGAUGCAGGCGCACAUGGAGCGGGAGCGACGGUCCUCCAACUCAGGUUCUCCUUUCCAAGGCCACCCUGCUGUGCUCUCCGUGGCCCCGCCAGUAGUACCUCCGCCAAUGAACAUGGGCGGACCCCCUCCGCCUCCACCCCCACCAGGCCCACCACCGCCCUCAGCGGUGGCGCCCCAACCUCCCCUCCCGCCUCCACUGCCCAUGGGCGGAGGGGGUCUCGUGGAUGAGCCCCCGGCGCCGACGGGCCUCGCUGCUAUGAUCGCCGGAGCCAAACUGCGUCGUGUUCAAAGAAGUGAGGACAGCUCGUCAGGCGCCAAAAGCGAAGCCAACCGAACAAGCGGGGGGAGCGGAGGUCUGAUGGAGGAGAUGAACGCUCUGUUGGCACGAAGAAGGAAAGCAGCUUCAGAGAAGCCAGAGGACAGCCAAAAUGAUGACCCAAAUUCUCCAUCACCCAGCACUAGGAGUGGACAGAAUGCCACAGAUGGAGCAAAGAAGCCCUGGGACCGAGCUAACUCUGCAGACAGGUCCAUGGUUUCAAGGGUACGACCCGUAGGGAGUGGCAGCGACACAGACUCAUUAGACCUCGAUAGAAUGAAACAGGAAAUCUUGGAUGAGGUGUUCCGUGAAUUGCACAAAGUGAAGGACGAAAUCAUCGAUGCCAUUAGACAUGAACUCAGUCGAGUUAGCACGACAUAAUCUUUGAGAGCUUCUCCCAGACAUGAACCCCCUUUUGGAACCAUUGCCCCUGCAGCAGCUGCUGUGGCCCUGAAGAGGAGGAGGAGGAGGAAGGAGGAGAAGAAGUCAGGAACGGAGGCCCAAACUGUGACAUCUACUCAUCUUGUCCAGCUGUGGUGUUGAAGCAACGUGGCAGCGUUACUGUAACACCUCACACAUGUCCGUGUAACAUUUGUUCGUUCUGAGAGAAAGACGUGAAUGGGGCACACUCUCGCACUGAUUACUCUGAUUUCUUAACAUUUUUGUCUGUUCGUUAGCCCAGUUCUCCCCUCUGUUCAUGGCCCAAAGGAAAAGGUAUCUCAUUUGUUUCGCUUUUUUCACAAGUUAGUUUUAAAGUUUUUUAAUUAUUACUAUCAUUUUCAUUAUUAUUACUAUCAUUCUUAUGAUUGUCAGUGUAACGUUAUAUGAGUGGUAGUAGUGUAGUAGGUACAAUGGUAAUAACAGGAAACAAUUCUAAGAAUAUGAUAGUAAUGAUAAUGUCAGUAAUAUUAUUGCACAUAAUUUUAUGUCACACUUUUUUAUAGAUAUAUUGGUUUUGUUUGAGUUACAUUUGAGACCAAACUUUCUUUGUCUUAAUCUCACCUGAAACAUUUUUUUUUUUUUUAAGGUUUUUUAUCCUUUUCGACAACACAGUUAUAUGUGGAACCAUGGCAGCAAAAAAUAAAAACAGGUUUUGACCUGAAACCAAGAGUGGAAUAAUAAACUUCUUUGGAUAUUGCAAUCUUAUGAACUAAAAUCUAAAAAAAAAAAAAAAAGAAAGAAAGAAAUAAUACACCAGAGUAUUUGUGAUCAUGUUGUUAAUAAAAUGUUUAUUGGCUGCAAGGAUGUGGUGAAGUAUUUUAUUUUAUUUUAUUUUAUUCCCUCCUUUUAUGACAAAGUGCUUCCUGGUUCGACAACGACAAAAAAAAAGAAAAAAAAAAGAAACGCACUACGUUUAAAAUGAAUUCAAAUAAAACUGUGAACAAUGUCUUGGAUAAAUGA